GAUAAUUCUCCUCAAACAGCUGCUAUAAUGAUGGUCAUAUCGGAUAAUGUGGACAUCAUUUCAAUUGGUCUUGUCAAGCUACUACAAGAGAAUAAAUACAACCUUUUUCUGGCUUAUUCGUUUAGGCCUUACCAAAUGUCAUACCUGCUCACUUCUGCAGAGUGGCUCUGGGAAAGCUUACUUGCAGGUCCUCUCACGAAGCACAGUCUUCUCAGCGAAAGUGAAAGCAGUGUAUCUACCGCAAUGUUUCAUUGCAAAUUGUGCCGCUUUGAUACCAUAAGCAUUGAUAAUUUCAGGGCACAUCUCUUAAGUGAUGAAAAACAUGCGCAAGAAGAGAAAAGUAUUUUCGAAUUUAAUAAAUAUUGUAUUCAGAACGCGAGGCGAUGUCGAUUAGCUGAGUACGAUCGACAUCAUUGCCCAGACCGCCAGAGGUAAAAAGAUUAUCGAACGAG